AUGUGUGUCACAUUCUUCACCCUAGCGCAGCCCGGGUUCAAGCUUAUCCUGGCGUUUAACAGAGAUGAGUUCUUCGAUCGCCCCACCCUUCCUGCCGACUGGCACAACUUUGCCCCCUCGCCUACUGCCAAUGGAUCGGCGACUCCACUCACUCCCACGGUACUGUCGGGGCUGGACAGGGGAAAGGCGGAGGGUGGUACGUGGCUAGGGAUUUCCAGAAACCUGAAAGUCGGGCUUCUCACGAACAUAGUACGCUACCCUGCAGAAGACGGCAUCAAGCCUCUAUCGCCUCCACCCUCGCGAGGCAAGCUACUACGCGAAUUCCUUCUGCCCUCUUCCUCCUCCCAAGCGCCCUCAUCAGGAGAUGUCCAAUCCUACAUCUCGUCCCACCUUCCUACAGCGGGCAAUUACGAAGGUUUCAAUUUGCUACUCUUCUCUCUCUCUCCAUCCCUACCUUCCCCAUCUGUGGGCUACUUGACAAAUCGCCCUAAGCCGGCGAGCUUGAAUCUGGACCACCUCUCCCGGAAGACGGGCGAAGACCGGGGGUGUACAGGUCUGUCAAAUGGCCCAUUGGAAACAGUCGAUAAGUGGCCGAAGGUGGAAUCAGGUGAAGGGAGGAUGGGCCAGACGUUGAAGGAGUGGGAAGAGAAGGAGGAAGGAGUGGAUGCGCUCGUGGAGAGAAUGUACGAUGUAUUAUCACCAACAAUCCCUGUUCAUUCCGAUGACGACCUCUUACACACCACAACAGUCCAACCUGUCAAGCUCUCCCCACAAAUGACCAUCAUCCCAUCAUCCGCCUCUUCUUCCUCGCAAGGCAGAUGGAAAGGCACCCGCACAGCCACCGUCAUUCUGGUACACGACAACGGAAAGGUUGUCUAUGUGGAAAGGGAUAUCUGGGAGCUUGGAGAGAAUGGGGAUCCGCAGAAGGGCAACGGCGAGAGACGAUUUGAGUUUAGUGGUGAUGUUGAAUAG